CGACGCAGCCUUGAGUCGAGGAUGAAAAAACAAACAAACAAACACGCGAGCAUGUAGCAGAGGGAUGUUUGUGAUCAUGUUUGACCUGAGGACACCCAGGUAACGCAUUUAAACGCCUCACUUCCAGCGGAGCCUGCCGAUCAUUUGUAGACCAUGAAUUAUGUGGGUCAGCUGGCGGGCCAGGUGUUUGUGCAGGUCAAAGAGCUGUACAGAGGCCUCAACCCCGCCACGCUGUCCGGCUGCAUCGACGUGAUCGUGGUGCGCCAGCCCAAUGGCUCCCUGCACUGCUCGCCAUUCCACGUGCGCUUCGGCAAGAUGGGCGUCCUGCGCUCGCGGGAGAAAGUGGUGGACAUUGAGAUCAAUGGCGAGCCAGUGAGUUUGCACAUGAAGCUGGGGGAGAACGGAGAAGCCUUCUUUGUUAAAGAAGCUGAAAACACACUGGAAGUAGUUCCGGCCCACCUGGCGACGUCGCCCAUCAUGUCGACGGGUGAGGAGCUGAUGGAGUCCCAGUUGAGCAGGAGCAGCGCACGUCACCAUGACAGCAUGAUGUGCGGCUCGCUUCCGGUCCAGAGCGUCGGGCCGCAGCCGGGCGACGGGGGCGUGAACAAGAAGAGGAGGAAGAGAAGGAAGAAGGCCCGGCCAGAGGGAGGAGGAGGAAGAAGGGACGAAAGCGGAGAGGAGUUUUCGGGUGACGAUAACAUGUUCACUAUUGACCUGAGCUCUGAUGACGAGAGAGAAGUUGACGGUGGAAGAACUCUAUACAGUGAUCAAGGAUCUGCAGCCAACACGCACACCAGUACAGACAGGACACGUCCACAGAGACAUGUGAUUAAGGAGACUGCCUCCAUCCCGCCGUCCUGCGGUCUGUCCAUCUCUUGCCCGCAGCAGACGUCUCACUUCUCCUGCGACCUUAGCAACCCAGACGACUCUCUGUCUUCAACGCCCAAGAGCGACUCCGAGCUGGCCAGUGGGGCGAAAGACAACCCUGAGAUGCUGUGGACCUGGGGGGAGCUGCCACAGGCCGCUCAGCCACCCUUCCUGACUUCCCAUCGGAAGCAGGACUGUCCCACAUCGGUCUCCAUCCCAGUGUCCUCCAGCACUCACUUCAGGAGCAUCAGUGACGCCGGAACCCCCUCCCGACCUCUCUAUAUCUCUCAGCAAGGGGACAUGCAGGCUGACAGUCAAGGCAAGCAACCCAACGGUGGGAGUGGGGGAAGGAUUGCAGAAGAGCAUGGAAGAGCGGUGGAGAGUGUGGGUGCGUCCUGUGCAGAGAUGGAGAGUUUAACAGCAUGUUCAGUGGCUCCCAGCAUCAUCCCUGAUCAUCUGGACCAAGACAGGAGCAGAGGAAGUCCGAUUAGAAGAACGGAUUCACCUUCCAAGAGGAAAGAGAAAAGGAGCCAACAUCUUGGUGCUGAUGGUGUAUACCUGGAUGAUAUUACAGAGCUGGAGCCUGAAGUAGCUGCUCUGUAUUUCCCUAAAAGCGAUGGAGGCAGCAGUUCGAUGAAGUCGGACUCAGACGUGAUGACGAUGGACGUGCGGAGUGCAAAUCAGUCCCCACAGUCAGUGGGCAGCUGCGGGAUGGACAGCGGUGUGGACAGUCUCCUGGACCACAUGGGGGACCUCCCUCACGUAGCCAUCUCGCUGUGCGGCGGGCUCUCGGACAACAAGGAGAUUACGCGAGAACACUUCCAGGAGAGGGCAGUGUCGUACCAGCAGUUCUCCGAAAACCCUUCCCUCAUCGACGAUCCCAACCUGGUGGUGGAGAUUGGCAACAAGUACUACAAUUGGAAUACAGCGGCUCCAGUCAUGUUGGCCAUGCAGGUCUACCAGAAGCCUUUGCCACAGGCGUCCGUGGAGAACAUCAUGAAGGACAAGAUGCCCAAGAAGGGAGGACGAUGGUGGUUCUCCUGGAGGAGCAGGAACAGUGAAUCCAAAUCGGAGUCAGCGACAGAGGCCGCAGGAGACAGAGAAGAGAGUUCCGUUACCAUGGCGACAGCUCUCAGAAUGAAAGACGAGUCGUCCUCGAGUGACGAGGAGCACAGACCCCCUUUUGUGUCCGGAACUCGCCAGUCUGACGCCCUCCUUCCUUCUGGUAACGUUUGUUACAAGAAGACUCUUCGGCUCACCUCAGAGCAGCUGGUGAGCCUGCAGCUGAAGGAGGGUCCAAACGAGGUAGUGUUCAGCGUGACCACACAGUAUCAGGGCACGUGUCGUUGCCAUGGCACCAUCUACCUGUGGAACUGGGACGACAAACUGGUCAUCUCGGAUAUCGAUGGGACCAUCACCAGGUCAGACACACUGGGCCACAUCCUCCCCACGCUGGGUAAAGACUGGACCCACCAGGGCAUCGCAAGACUCUACCACAAAGUCAGCCAAAAUGGAUAUAAAUUCAUGUACUGCUCGGCGAGGGCCAUCGGUAUGGCGGACAUGACCCGAGGUUACCUGCACUGGGUCAACGAGAGGGGAACGAUGCUGCCGAUGGGCCCGGUGAUGCUCAGCCCCAGCAGCCUGUUUUCGGCAUUGCACAGGGAAGUGAUUGAGAAGAAACCCGAGAAGUUUAAGAUUGAGUGUCUCACGGACAUCAAGCACCUUUUCUAUCCCAAUACCGAACCUUUUUAUGCUGCUUUUGGCAACAGAGCUACAGACGUGUAUUCCUACAAGGAGGUGGGCGUUCCUCUCAACAGGAUCUUCACUGUCAAUCCAAAGGGGGAGCUGAUACAGGAACAUGCCAAAACUAACAUCUCCUCUUACGGGCGCCUGUGUGAGAUGGUGGACCACGUCUUUCCCGUCCUACUCCAAAAAGAAGGAGCCGACUUUCCCCGUUCGGACACUUUUAACCGGUGCGACUACUGGAGCGAGCGGCAUCGUGACGGCAGCAACCAGCACAGGGAAGAGGAAGAGGGGGACUUGCAGCUUCUGGAGAGCAGCUGAGCACGUGGAAAUAUAUGUUAUACAAGUGAGGAGAAGGCUUAAACCAAACUCAUAUCCAGAAUGUGUUUUAACACUGCCGUUGUUAUUCAAUAGCAAUCCUAUAAGCUCACAAUACAGGUCUUUAAAAUGUGAAGAAGUAAGAAAGAAAAGAGAAAAAAAAACCGAAUAACUGCAGUAUACCUCAAAAGUAGCACAGCAUGAACGAAUAAUGGAGAAUGACAGUAUCAAGACUCGUAUAUGGUACAAUGACUCGUUUACUGACUCGCAGACACACAGAAAAGCACAGCUAUUAUUUGUUCAAUCCUACUUAUAAAAUAUACAUACAAAAUCAUUGGCACUUAUCAUAUUAUCGAAGAGAAACCCUCCAUUCAAAUGCAGCUGUACCUCUAUACUGUAUAUCACCAGUGUUAAAUGACAAGCAUGAAGCUCCCAGUUGUGUUAAUCAGAAGAGAAAAAAAAUGUAAAUGAAAAAAAAACUAAACAAUUUGGAGCUACAGUACACUCUUGUUAAUGGACAGAGGCAAUAUACAGUAUAUAUAUAUAUAUAUAUAUAUAUAUAUAUAUAUAUAUAUAUAUAUAGCUAAUGAGAUCCCGUCGAAAAAUGCUGCCUUUUAUAAAGUAAUUGAUUAUUAUUCAUGAUAAUAAUAAUGUGGAUACAAUUAUACAAUUAUAGUUUUUUUUAUAUAUUGUUGCAUUAUAUAAUUCAUUUUCAUACAUUAUUUUAUGUUGUUUCUUUGAAUGUGUUGUUUCUGUUCAAUUUUGGGUUUUAAUAGAAAUGUAUUUGAUAUACAUUAUGUACAGUUCAUAGAUGAUUAUUAAUAGUAAUAGUAGUACCAGUAUAUUUAUCUAAUUUAAAGUCCCUGUAAAGUGAAAAUACAUGUCUUUUACAUUUGACACACCACAGAGAAGAGUGUUGUUAACAAUCGGGCCAAAUUGGAAUGAUUACGAAAAAAUCGGCCAGUAUAUAAAAUGAGGCUUCAAAAUGAGGCAUCCAAAUUGUUCACCUGCUCUCAGGUGUUGUGGGUGUGUCGGCUGAAUGCGCUGAAACCAAACUGCUGAUUUGUCAACAGUUAAUCAAACGCCACUACUACGACCCGGUUACUCCAUACAGCAUCUUUCUCAUGCCUAUACACAACUCCAUUUGAGAAAAAUAUAUUAGCUUAAAAGCCUCCGGUGGAGGGAAUAUAUCCCACAGGUAUAGAGCACCUCGUUGUCACGGCUUGGAAAAGUCCCGCAAUAACGAGGCGCUCUAAAGCAGCCACGCCAGCGCAAAGCUGGCUGUCAAAUCCGAUUCGCCUUUGUGAUGUGCAAGCGCUCAUGGCCAACAACGAGGCGCUCCAAAGCGGUCACAUCAACGGGCUAUCCGAAGUAAAAUUGGAUUUUCGCGGUGUCGGCAUAACUAGCUAACUGCGCGUUGCAACUGCAGCAGAUAAACGCUGAUGCGGACGAAGUCGUUCAAGUUCUUAUACUGUGCGUGAGGAGCGACUCCUGUUAGAUACCGUAGUGGGUCAUCGGGCACCGUUUUAGCCACACACACCCAAAAAAUCAGCAAAACUGAAAUGUUGAAAAACAGUCUAACCCUAUGUCUCCACAAUUGAGUACCACAUAGUUCUCGGUCUCUGCACAUUUUCAGGAUUGAUCUUAAAACAUAUAUUACAAAACAGAUCUCUGAAUUCACUUCACGGGGUCUUUAACUACAUGACAUGACAUUAUUAUCUUUGUGAAGUUGUCUCAGUAGAUUGUGAAGGUGUACCUAAUGAAGUGCCAGACCUCAACCCGAAAAGACAGCGGUGAGCGCUGUCUUUCAACGUGUCGCCUCAAUCCAUUCGUGCGUGCCGAUAAACAAAAGUGGUCACGUGACCGCGCUCCUGUGAAAAUGUGAGCGUUAUACACGCAGGACAAUGCAAUUGAUGCCAUGGAGUAAUGUGCACGUGUGUACACUCUGCGUUACUGUUAUCAAUACUAUCAAUGCAACUUUUUAUAGCAGGACUCAAUCACUGCUAUGUGAAAUACUAUUUUGUUUUGUAUGUGUUGCAUUCAUUGGGACGCAUGCAUGUUCACUCACACCUCGCUGGGAAGGCCACUGUAAAUAGGAAACAACGUUCUGUAUUAAAUUACUUUGCUAAUGAUUGGUGCUCACGAAAGCAAUAGAAUUAGUGUUCUAAGUGGUGUAAACUUGGUGCAACAACUAAUAUGCAGUCAAUUAGCACUUGUUUAAGUUGAGUAAAAUGCAAAUUGAAUGUUUCUGAAUGCACUCAACGGACUAACUGACUCCCUGAUGUUCAUGUGUUUUUAGUAUUGUGGUUAUGUUCAGAAAAUGGGCUUUUUGUGUGUGUGCGCACGCGCGUGCGUGUAUGUGUGUGCCAUUUUUAUUGUAACAUUGCUAUGCAUUAUCGUAAUAUAAUAACACCGUCAUUGACUGGUCACCUCAUUUCUGUUAGGAAGUGCAUUGUUUUUUCUCAUCAUUAUGAUGAUUAAGUGUGUGUGUGUGUUUGGGUGUGUGUGUGUGUGUGUGUGCGUGUUCAUAAUUACGGGAAAAUAUUUAAAGCAUCAAAUGCAAUCCACUUCUCGAGAUUUUUAUUGGGCAUUUUUAUGAUGAUUUAAUUCUUUCUGUGAAAGAUCUAAUAAAAGUAUUGAGAUGUU